CUCUGCUGAUCGGCUACUAUCAUGGUGGGGGAAUUGCAACAGUCAGAACUUUGAUACGGGCUUUAGACUCGUAGUAGCAGCUGAAGCAACAUACGAGUGUACACGAGAGAAGGAAGGAAUGAAGUCUCUGUGUUGAAUAUUAUCUCAAGUUUUCGUGGAAGAGAUUAAUUUUGCGAUUAACACAAAUUGUCUACAUUCUUCUCAGGAAAUCAUGGCGGACAUAGAAAUUCCGAUGGGGGAGAUGCAGACCCCGCCUCAAAAAUAUAAAGCUACAAACGGAUUUGAAUUUCUCCAAUUGCCUCAACUGCCACUUGAACAAAUAGGUUAUCCCCAAGCUCAGAACUGGAUUGAACACAGGAAAGCUAAUAUUCGGCCAUGGUCGUUAUUUCUUAAUACAAACAACAUAAGACCACCUCCUAAUAUAACAAGACUAAGCAAACGAGUUGUGAAGAACAUUGAAUAUUUCCAAAGCAAUUAUCUAUUUGUAUUCGUCGGAUUAGUUAUCUACUGCUUGAUAACUUCACCUCUACUAUUAUUAACUGUUGUCGCAUCACUCGGGAUAUGUUAUAAGCUUUCUCAGCGGCAUGCUAAGCAAGAAUUAAUGGUAUUUAAUAUGAAACUGACUCUGGCACAGGUAUAUUCCUUAGUUGGAAUUUGUUCACUGCCUGUAUUUUACUUGGUCGGUGCGCAUGCAGCUGUAUUUUGGGUACUUGGGGUUUCUUGGUUUUUAAUAACUCUUCAUGCUGCUUUUUAUAAUAUUGACGCAGUAUUAUGUCCAGGAGAGGAAGAACUCAAUGCAUUGGUGCAAGUAGUGUGAUCUGUUGUUAUAUAUUUUAUAGAAGAAUUCUUUAUAAUAUAUAAAUAUAAAAUUCCUAUAUAUAUAACGUUCAUAAUAUAUGUAAUUAAACAUUUCAAAUAACUUUCUUUGUCUGAUAUUUUAUUACAUUUAAUGGUGCUAACAAGAAUUUUGUACAAUUUCAAGAAGAAAGAAUAUUGGAUAAAUAAAACUUUUUUGUUAUGAUGA